AUGCCACCCCAGCAAGCUCACCACUCUUCGGUGAGGUGCGGUUACCUCACAGCUGUGACGUCAGCUGACGCGCGGCUGCCGCCGUGGGGUGGGGCGAAGGCGCGUAGCAGCGCGCGGGCGGCCGGCCGGCUCAGACAAGCGCAGCUGCGGCCGCCGCGCGCUCACCCACCGACGUCGCCGCAGCAGCAGCAGACCUGGCGCCGUCAUGGACCACGAGGACAGCCGGUGAGUCCGCCGCGCGGGAGCCCCAGCUACACACAACACGACUUGCGCAAACCGGACGCGCCAAUGCUGCAGAACGGCGCCGGCGCGCAGGCUCAGCUGCUGGCGUCGGAGAAGCUGGGCCCCGUCGACGCCGCCGCCGCCCUCGCCCUGCGGCUGCCACCGGCGGCGCCGCACGCGGACGACGACGGAGACGACGACGCUGGGGGGCGGCACCGCCCCAGGUGGAGCAGCGCGGGGACGCGCAACCAGCUGCUGGCCGCCUCCGCCUGCCUCCUGCUCACCGCCGGCUGCGGAUUCCCCAUCGGCUUCUCGGCAGUCAUGCUGCCCCAGCUGCGACACAACGACUCCGUCAUCCACACCGACGAGGAUAUGGAAUCCUGGAUAGCGAGCGUGCACUCGGCGGCGACUCCGCUGGGGGCGCUGUUCAGCUCGUACCUGUCGGAGAAGGUGGGCAGACGCACCGCACUGCAGCUCACCGCGCUGCCCUUCCUAGUCGGCUGGCUGCUGCUCGCCUUCGCCCAGAGCUACCCCGUCGUCAUGGUCGGGCGGAUCGUCUGUGGCUUCGCCGUCGGCGUCACCGCUUCACCCUGUCAGGCAUUUUUGGGCGAGCUGUCCGAGGUGCACAUCCGUGGACUGCUAGCGGGCGUGCCGACGCUGAGCUACUCGAUGGGCAUCCUGCUGGUGUACGCACUGGGCGCCGGACUAGAGUGGCACGUGGUGGCGGGCACGGGGCCCGUGCUGCCGCUGCUCGCGCUCGUCGCGCUCUGCUUCAUCCCCAGGAGCCCCGUCUGGCUGGUGCGCCAGGGCCGCUUCGACGACGCCAAGAAGGCGCUCGCAUGGUUCCGUGGUUCCACAUCGGCAACCAGCAAGCAGGUGGCUCGCGAGCUGACAGAGCUGAUCGAGCGGGCGCGGUCGGACGACGAGCAGCAGGCCUCACAGACCAAGGGCGGCUGCUGCAAGGUGUUCGUAAUGCCCCAGGUUUACAAGCCCUUAGUCAUCGUCAACCUGCUGAAUAUCAUGCAGAUCGUAUCGGGCACGUUCCUCGUCAUCUUCUACGGCGUCGACAUCGUGGUGAAGUCGGCGAGCUCGACGGGCAGCCAGAUCAAGGGCGAGACGUUCUCGGUGGUUGUGGCGGUGGUGCGCAUGGUCUUCUGCGCGGUGGGCUGCUGCCUGCUCGUCUGGUGGACGCGCCGGCGGAUGGCCAUGGUGUCGGGCGCGCUGUCGUCGCUCGCCGCCCUCGCGCUGGGCGUCGUCUGCCUGCUGAAGGAACACCGGCCCGCCUCCGAGCCUGUGCCGGCGUCAGAGCCGAUGGUGAUCGCGGCGCUAUUGCUGCUCUACGUGGCCACCAACACGGCCGGCUUCUUCUUGCUGCCCGUGAUCGCCAUCGGAGAGCUGCUGCCCGCGCGCGUGCGCGGCGUCGCCGGCGGCUACACCUUCUUCAUCUUCAACUCGGGCCUCUUCGUCGCCACCAAAGUCUUCCCCUUCUUAACCGACGUCAUCGGCAUCGCCGGGAUCUUCAUGGCCUUCGGCAUGGCCAGCCUCCUCGGCACCCUCCUCGUGUACCUGAUACUGCCGGAGACGAAAGGCCGCACCCUCAACGAGGUGGAGGACUAUUUCGCAGGGGACAACUUCCUCUGGAUCACGAGGCACAAGUACCAGUCGGUGACACCAAUCAGUCCCCUACCUAAGGCCUAGAACGCUCGUACCCGGUUACCAGCAUCUCACCAGAAGCGCGUCUGGGCAGUGUUUGGUGACUGGUGAUAUUUUAUUCGUGAUUCUUCUUCCUCCUCCUCCUCCUCCUCCUCCUCAAAGGAAUAGACUGGGAAACUGAUCUCGUAAAAGCCUGUGAACAUCGUUAGCGUCCUUAAAACUAUGUAACAUAUGUGAAACAAUCUCGCUAGCGGGUUCUCACAGCGGACAAUGUUAAUAUUUUUUUCCCUUUGAAGGUGUUAAAUGUGUUAAAGUAUUAAGAGGAGAUAUGCAAAAGACUUGUAAAGAAUUAAGUUGUAAAUAAAGAAAAUUCUGUAUUACAAUGAGA